CCCACAUUGAUUCCAUUAUAGUCAUAUAUCAUCGCAGAGUAUCUCAUAGGCCUGAUGCAGGACACACUUGCGACAUACCACAAAACCCAACAGCAACAGCCUCCUCGAAACCCCCGGUCCCUUUCUCUGAGCCACCGUGGCUCAUGGGCAUGCUAUCACCGUACUAUAACGACUCUUACAAGAAAUGGCAGCGCACGUGCCGCAUGCACUGGGGCGGGAGCCCAGCGGCAAAGUCCCUGCGCACAUCUUCCAGACCUCCUCGAAGCACAACAUGCUACCAGCUCGGGUACCAAAUGAAAAGUAAGGACGCGCAUAAGGAUCUGGGUGGUUCGAUGGCGCUGCUCAAAGCAAAAGCGGACAUAGUGCUGGACGAGUGCGCCAGAUGCGCGGUGCUGCUGUUCGGUGGCAACGGGUGCACCCGCCCGGGGCAGGGGGAGCUUGUCGAGAAGAUCUACCACGAGGUCCCUUGUGCACGCAUCCCUGACGGCAGUGAGCAUGUCACGCUGGACUUGGCGGUUCGGCAGAAGCCAUGAGCAGGUCCUGUUGCUACACGUGCUCAGGAUGGAGUUAUGUUGCCGUUGUUCGAGAUGCGACCCAUGUCAGGCAUGGGUGCGUUAGUGACAGAGGAACGAG